UAUUACAGACAACUUGUGGGCCGAAUUUUACUGGAAAUAUUUCGUGGCGCAGUAGACAACGGAACGGAUUUAAAUGUCGCGGAAGUAAUGCAACCAGUUCACAAAUUAGUAAACGAUACAGAUUCAGCAGUGAGACUGGAAUUGGUUGAUCAGCUGCCCCAUGUCGCUAUGAUUUGUCAAGAAGCGCCGGAUAGAUUCGGAAAUGUUUUGUCGAACCAUCUUAUUCAUAUUAUUGUGCGACAAUCAACUCACAAUGCGCUGUUGGCACUAAUCGAACGCGGCCUCCUGGACAAGCAUUCCGUGGAACAUGUCGUAGCACCAACACUCUUGAUGAUGGGCGCCCAGCCAGCAAAACUGGAGUUCAUUAACUUUGCAAUCGAUGGAAUGAGCAAAGUUGCGUCCUUACUUGAUCCCGAGACUGCUGAAAGACUUUUUUUAGAGCGCUACUUAUCGCUAUGCACUGAUGUUAAUUUUUUUAUACGUAAAUUAUGUGCGAUACAUUUUGGGGAAUUUUCAACCUCGAUGACUAAAGAAACUAUGUAUGAAAAAAUGUUGCCGAUGUAUGUAAAUUUAUGCAAGGACUCGGUGUGGACAGUAAGAAAAUCUUGCGCAGAAGUGAUAGUAUCAAUAGCCUGCUGUGUCCCAGUAGAAUUACGACGCACAACUUUGUCUGAUAUAUUAGCUAGUCACCUAGAAGAUGAAUCCAAGUGGGUUAGACUGUCAGCCUAUCAAAUGCUCGGCCCUUUUAUAUCGACAUUUGCUAAGAAAUUUACUGGAAUCGCGUACAAUCACUACGGGGAACUCAUACUCACAGACCAGCAUGGUACUGAGCUCAGGUAUAACAUGAUAUCUUUUGCCGGUUCGAUUGAUUCAUCGAUGUCCUGCAAAGCAUCAUCAGACGAAGAUUAUGAGCAGGACAACGAAAUGUUGAACAACUCUGGGUCCAAGAAUAGUAACAAUUCCAUGUUUGUUGAGUCGAAAACAGUAACAACUCGCAGAACAUCAAGAAGUGGCUACAGAGCCUCGAAAGUCGAUACGCUUAAUAAAUUUUAUGACGAAUUUCAGAAGCAUCACCAGAGUAUAGAAGACAACUCUUUGUUGAAUGAGUCUUCUAAGAACCUGUGGAACAGUAUGGUUUCUUUGAAUGAGCCCACUGUUUACGACGACCUGGUGCCCGAAGAACAUCAUCAGUUUAAUUCAUUUCUCUACUACUACAUACCACCGCCGGAUUUACCUCUUUUAGACGGUGAUCUCAUACAACCGAGCAAUGAUUCAUCUGCCGAAGAUAAUUCAAUACAUCCAGAUAAAUCACCCAAAGAGUCUGCGGAUGAUAGAACGGAGUUGGUUAAUAAUUCUGACAGUAAUACGCAGGUUGAAGUCACAGUCGAAGAUUCAUCGGCUGACGCAAAACAGCGCAGUUUUAUCAGAAAGCAUUCGUCUGAUGACAAUCACCAGACAAUUGUUCCCCAGGAAUUGAUUAAUUUAUUCGUCUCAAUGGCAGAUCCCGAGGCAUGGUGGAAUUUAAAGUGGAACAGCGCUGAAAUUCCUCGUUUUUGCGCGUUUUAUUUUCCGGCUGUCGUGCUGACUUUGGGAAAAGAAAACUGGCCUAUGCUUAAAACAGCGUACGGAUAUUUGUCAGACGCUCGUGAGUACAAAGUACGUCGGACUAUGGCCUCGAGUAUUCACGAGGUGGCGAUUAUUUUGGGUGAAGAAUUAGCGGCGCAAGAUUUGCUUCCGAUAUACGACGGGUUUAUAAAAGACUUGGAUGAAGUUAGAAUAGGUGCUCUUAAACAUCUAGCGACCUUUUUAAAAGUUCUAAAGCCGGCAGAUCGCUGUCACUUCUUGCCGCGCCUCCAGGCAUUCCUGUCGAUCGACAACGAUGGAAAUUGGCGGUUUCGCGAGGAAGUUGCUUGUCGUCUGCUUGAAGCAGUGACACUCUACACCCCUCAGGAUGUUGCUAAACACAUUGCGCCUCUGUCGUUCCCUCUGCUGGUGGACAAAGUUGCCGCCGUAAGACAAAUGGCUCUGGAGCUUGUUACCCAGAUAGUUUCAUACUUGUCCAGCGACGAGACUUUGGUGACGACAAUAAUUCAACAGUUGGAGGAGAUGCUGACUGCUAAUUCGAGUCGAUGGACUUGCAGACAAACGUUCGCAUUACUCUGUGCCUCAUUGAUCAGCAAGGACGCCAUCAGCGGCGAAAGAUUUGCCAAUGAAUUGCUGCCGUCUCUUUUAGAAUUAUCCACAGAUGUAGUGCCUAAUGUCAGACUUGCUGUUGUAAGGACUCUGACGACGCAAGUUGUUAAUAUAAGCAAUAUUCUCAGUGAGGAGCAGGUUAAACAGAUUAAUGAUAAGGUGCGAAAUUUUCGACAAGACCCCGAUCGCGAUGUCAGAGCACUUGCCGGCGGCAGUGUAGGAAAAUACCAGGCAUGCAAG